AAAAAAAAAAAAAGCGUCACUGGUCUUUGUUUCGUUCUUCCUUGUUCUCGCUCGACCUGGGGAUGUCGUACCAGGAGACGUUCUCAAUUCGCAGAAUGUAACGUUGUCACUCUUCGUCUCUCCUCUCCUUUUUCGUCACCUCAGAAUCAUUCGAAUUCGCUGCUCCGUUUCACUCUGGGUUCGUCCUUUCACCUCCGCUUCGAAUCGUUGAAACGACGAAUCCAGAUUCCUUUCUCUAGCCACCCAUCACAAGUGCUGAGUAGCAGCUGUAUUUUUGUUGACCUAACUUAACCCUAGCUUUUUCGAGGGCUUUUUGAUUUCGGGAUUAACUCGUUGAAAUCGCAUUUAAGAUAGUGUCUCAGUGGUUUACGAUCCAAAUUCCUUGAAGAACAGAUUAAUUUACCACAGAGAUUCCAACUUUGAAGAGAACCCUAGUUUAUAAGGCCGCGUUAGCAUGGACUGGAUAUCCAAACCUACUCAUUUUAUGGAAACUUCGAAUUUGGCAAACGUGGUUCCAGGAAAUGCUCCCCUUGAGCCGCAUGAGACACUUGUUCGCCAUUCUUCGCUAACUGAUGUUGAUAUGGACCUUAGAGAAGUCUAUUUUCUGAUUUUACAUUUUCUUUCUACUGGCCCCUGCGAACGCACCUUUGCGCACUUGAGAGACGAAAUUUUGGAGAAAGGCCUUUUGCCCCGUAGAUAUCAUUCCUGGUGGUCAAGAAGUGGCACUUGUAGUGGGCGUUCUGACGAUGAUGGCAUCUCCCUUCCAUUGAGUUAUGAUAAUUUGAUAGAGAGGUAUCCUCAUAUCAAAAAGGAUCACUUAGUGAAGCUUCUCAAACAACUAAUUUUAAACCCGCCUUUUCCUUCACACAUGAGAGUUGAAGGAAAUGCUCCUAAUGCUGCUGAUGUUCCAACACUAUUGGGAUCUGGCACCUUUUCACUUGUGGAUCAAAAAUAUAUAGAGCCUCAGAAAGCUAAGCAUGUUGCGUCAUACUUACGCUGGCCACAUAUGCAUGCCGAUCAAGUGCAUGGAUUAAGUCUCAGAGAAAUUGGAGGAGGUUUCAGAAAACACCACCGUGCUCCGUCCAUUCUUUCAGCAUGCCAUGCUAUUGCAAAACCAUCAACAAUGGUUCAAAAGAUGCAAAAUAUAAAGAAGCUCAGAGGACAUCGUAAUGCUGUCUACUGCGCUAUAUUUGAUCGUUCUGGAAGAUAUGUUAUCACUGGUUCUGAUGACCGGCUUGUCAAAAUUUGGUCGAUGGAAACUGCGCUUUGCUUGGCUAGCUGCCGCGGGCAUGAAGGUGACAUUACAGACUUGGCCGUUAGUUCAAACAAUGCUUUGGUGGCUUCAGCUUCAAACGAUUUUGUGAUCCGAGUGUGGCGGUUGCCUGAUGGAAUGCCAAUUUCUGUAUUGCGGGGCCACACUGGAGCUGUUACUGCAAUUGCAUUUAGUCCCAGACAGGCGUCUGUUUACCAACUUUUAUCGUCAUCAGAUGAUGGAACCUGUCGUAUCUGGGAUGCUAGGUAUUCUCAAUGGCUUCCACGGAUCUAUGUUCCAAGCCGAUCAGAUGCUAGUACUGGCAAAACCACUUUUACAUCUUCCAACACGGCAUCCACGAGCAAUGCAUCUCAGAGUCAUCAAAUAUUAUGUUGUGCGUACAAUGCUAAUGGGACCAUUUUCGUCACGGGUAGCUCUGACAGCAAUGCAAGGGUUUGGAGUGCCUCUAAACCUAACUUGGAUGAUGCUGAACAGCCGACUCAUGAGCUGGAUGUUCUAUGUGGCCAUGAGAAUGAUGUCAACUAUGUGCAGUUUAGUGGUUGUGCUGUGGCUCCAAAGUCUUCAACAACUGAUACUCUAAAGGAAGAUAGUUACCCAAAGUUUAAGAAUUCCUGGUUUUGUCAUGACAACAUAGUAACCUGCUCUCGCGAUGGUAGUGCAAUUAUAUGGACUCCAAGAUCACGUAAAUUCCAUGGGAAAUCUGGACGCUGGAUGAAAGGAUAUCAUCUGAAGGUUCCACCUCCUCCACUUCCUCCGCAACCUCCUCGAGGAGGCCCACGCCAAAGGUUUCUUCCAACACCACGGGGUGUAAAUAUGAUUAUAUGGAGCUUGGAUAAUCGUUUUGUACUUGCCGCUAUCAUGGAUUGCAGGAUUUGUGUUUGGAAUGCUGCUGACGGUAGCUUAGUGCAUUGUUUAACUGGUCACAGUGAAUCGUCCUAUGUCUUGGAUGUGCAUCCUUUCAAUCCUCGUAUUGCUAUGAGCGCUGGCUACGAUGGGAAAACAAUCAUCUGGGAUAUAUGGGAGGGUGUACCAAUCAAAGUAUACGAAAUCGGGAGAUUCAAGUUGGUUGAUGGAAAAUUUUCACAAGAUGGGACAUCUAUUGUGCUUUCAGAUGACGUUGGUCAGAUAUAUUUCCUAAACACCGGACAAGGUGAGUCUCAAAAGAAUGCAAAAUAUGACCAGUUCUUUCUUGGUGAUUAUCGUCCUCUUAUUCGAGAUACCAAUGGACAUGUUCUUGAUCAGGAGACGCAGCUCCCUCCCCAUCGGAGGAACCUUCAGGAUCUUCUUUGUGAUUCAAGUAUGAUUCCGUAUCCAGAACCAGACCAGACAAUGUUUCAGCAACGCAGACUUGGUGCACUAGGAGUUGAAUGGCGUCCUUCCUUGAUAAAGUUUUCUGUUGGCCCUGAUUUUAGUUUAGGUCAAGAUUAUAUUAUGCCUCCUUUGGCUGAUCUGGAUAGAUUGAUUGAGCCAUUGCCCGAGUUUAUAGAUGCUAUGUACUGGGAACCAGAACACGAAGUUCUGAGUGAAGACAAUGAUUCAGAGUAUAAUGCUGAAGUUUCCUCUGAUGGAGCUAGGGCAAGCCCAUGUUCCAACUCGUCAAAUGAACCUGAUUGCAGUUCCGAGGACAGUGACGUUGAAAAUAUUCACGAAAAUAGCUAUCAUCGGACAAGAAGAAGAAAACAUCCUAGAGCCGAGGUCACUACUUCAUCGGGAAGACGUGAUAAGAAGAUUUUGGAUGAGAAUGAUAGCUCGAAAUCUGUGAUUAAGAGAACAAAGAACCAAAAAAUUGGUGUGAAGGCUUCAAAAAGAAAAUAUGUUGAUAUCAAGGCAUCACGACCGCAAAGAGCAGCAGCCCAAAAUGCUCGAUCCUUGCUUUCUAAAAUUUCUGGAAGCUCUUCGAAUGAAUUUGAUGAUGAUAAUGAUUCAUCCAACAGUGAAUCUGAUAGAAGCAUACCCACUUUGCGACCGUUGGAAAAUCCGUCUGAGAUGCUGGAAUCUCUUUCAAAUGACAAACAGAAGAAAAGAUUGAUUGUAAAGAUCUGUGUUAAAAAGCCAGUAGAAUCUGUGGAAAGCAAGGCAGAUGUAAUAAAUGAGGCUGAUUUGGAGCAAUUAUCUUCUAAAUAUUUGGAGGAGAAUCACAGAGUGGUUGGUAUAUACUCAAGAGAGCCGGGGUCAAGUUCUGUAGACGCAAAAGGAGAUUUAUGGUGUCAGAAUAUUCCUCAAUCUAUCAAUACGCCACAGAGAGAAAAGGCCGAUAAUCGGUUGGUAAAAUCUUCAGAUCAAGAACAGGAUAUGUGCAAGUGGAGGGAAGAAACUCCUGUUUGUGAAACUACCGAAUUAAUUAUGUCUGAGAACAUUGAAGAAGUCCAAACAUUUAAUGGGGAUGAAGAUCUGUCAAGACUUGAACCAUUGGCUGGUCAGAUAAGACAUUGUGAUAUAGAUACUUCAAUGGAAGCUGAUGAGAUUUUUCCAAAGAAAGUUCGACGACUGAGAUUAAAGCUUCGGCAUCCCAGCAGUCCUCUUAAACUAGAGCCUGCUGAGGUAGCAGAUGAUUUGGCAGAUGCUGGAGAUGGGUUUGCAUCCAUAGCUCCCUCUUCCAUGAAUCCGUUAAUGGAUCCUGAACCUAUGAUAUUUAAUGAUAGAGAUUCUUCUGCACAUGACUCUGAGUUUGGAGAAGCUACAGCUGAUGUGAUACGUAGGAAAAGAUCCAUGAGAAGUGAAUCUAGUACAAGAAAUAGCGCAUUACGCGUAAGGUUGGGCUCUGGAUCUGUAGAUAAAAUAAAGAAACAAGGAAUUUCUUCCACGAGCGUGUGUGACGGUGCAUCACUUGAAGAAUGGCCUUCUACCUCAAAAGCUAGGUCCCGGUCAAGAUCUGCAAGCUAUCUCAAACAAAGUCUCCAUACUGGGUCUAAGUUGAAUGUCUCAAGCAAAAUCUCAUGGUUAAUGUUGUCUGAACAUGAGGAAGGCUGCCGUUAUAUACCCCAGUUAGGAGAUGAAGUUGUUUACUUCAAGCAGGGUCAUCGAGAGUUCCUUGAAACUAGAGACUUCAAUGACAGGGACCGAUCAACGUACCUUCCUCGAAACCUAGGAGCGGUAGAAAUUUGCAAAGUCGAGAAACUCGACUACGAUACGUAUCCUGGUUCUGGCGAAAGCUGCUGCAAAAUGGCCCUCAGGGUUGUGGAUUUUUCUUCAUCACAUGCCUCCCGCAAAGAGUUUCAACUGACACUUCCUGAUCUCAUUAAUUGCCCUGAUUUUAUUGUUGAGAAGACUCGAUACGAUGCUGCAAUUCAAACAAAGUGGGAAAUCGGUGAUGAGUGCCGUGUGUGGUGGAGAAAUGCAUCCGGUGAAGGCGGGGCGUGGUGGGAAGGUAAGAUUGAGUCUUCACAAGUUAAAUCCACUGAGUUCCCAGAUAGUCCUUGGGACAGAUACCGAGUUGUCUAUGAAACUGGGGACACAAAUCUUCACAGCCCGUGGGAGUUUGACAAUCCCCAGUUUCCCUGGGAAAACUCUACCAUCGAAGAAAAGAAACGGGAUAAACUGCUUUCAUUAUUUGUUGGACUAGUGAAAUCAAUCAGCAAGCAUCAGGAUAGUUAUGGGAUCCAAAAGCUAAACGAAGCUGCUCAAAAGAUGGAUUUCUGCAAUAGGUUCCCAGUUCCUUUAUACCCUGAGCUGAUUCACCAGAGGCUAGAGAAUCAGUACUACAGAAGUAUUGAAUCAUUUAAACACGACAUGGAUGCAAUGCUCUCAAAUGCGGAGUCUUAUUUUGCAAGAAACGCAAAUAUGCUUUCGAAGAUAAAGCGACUGGGAGAUAAAUUGACAAAAACGUUAAGAAAGCUGAUAUGAUGAUAAGGCAGCAACACUGGUAUGCUUCAUUUAGUCAUUGCUGUUUUCUGUAUCUUGUAAACACGCUAGGGCUGCGGGAGGUUUUUUCUAUAUAUAUAGCGAAGAGAGAGUUAAAAAAGAAAACUUACAAAGUUUUCACUCUAAACAAAAGAAGUCGGUUCUGUUUGUAGCCACCCCGACGAGACACAGUUUCAUGUAUAGUUUAGUUAGUAGCACAAGACUAACAACAUGUCUGUCUGUAACAGAAAUUUACCCUUUUGUCAGAAGAAUGACAAUUCAUAAGUCUAAUUUUAUAUUUUGACCUCA